AUGACCCCUGUGGUACUCCACAGACGAGGACACAGACAAACACGAUCCCGAAACUGUGGACAGAUCGGUUUGAGGCCCGUGGAUCAAGAACAAAGAAAUCUACACCCCAUUCUAAACACCGCGUCAGAACCAGCUGCCUCCCAAACCGCCGCCAUGUCGAGCAAACGCGCCAAGGGGAAGACCACAAAGAAGCGUCCGCAGCGGGCCACCUCCAAUGUGUUCGCCAUGUUCGACCAGUCCCAGAUCCAGGAGUUCAAAGAGGCCUUCAACAUGAUCGACCAGAACAGAGACGGCUUCAUCGACAAGGAGGACCUGCACGACAUGUUGGCCUCUCUGGGGAAGAACCCGUCAGACGAGUACCUGGAGGGCAUGAUGGCUGAGGCCCCGGGGCCCAUAAACUUCACCAUGUUCCUGACCAUGUUUGGGGAGCGGCUGAAUGGCACGGACCCCGAGGACGUGAUCCGCAACGCCUUUGCCUGCUUCGACGAGGAGGGCUCCGGAGUGAUCCACGAGGAACACCUGAGGGAGCUGCUCACCACCAUGGGCGACCGCUUCACGGACGAGGAGGUGGACGAGCUGUUCCGCGAGGCUCCGAUCGACAAGAAAGGAAACUUCAACUACGCCGAGUUCACCAGAAUCCUGAAGCACGGGGCCAAAGACAAGGACGACGAAUGA